UCUUUCAUAUUUAGAAAGUGGAAAUUAAUGCGUCUUCUUUCUCUUUAAAUUUGGAUCCUUGGGGGUUUCUUAGGAGCUCUGAUUUCAAGGGCGGAGCUAAUAUAAAAGCUCAAGUUUAAGCCAUGGGGCAGCUGUUAUGUUGCGUACAAAUAGACCAAUCCACUGUUGCUAUUAGAGAGCAAUUCGGAAAGUUUAACGAUGUUCUCGAGCCUGGCUGCCAUUGCGUCCCGUGGUUCAUGGGUAGUCACAUAGCUGGCUAUCUCUCCUUACGAUUACAACAACUAGACGUGAAAUGUGAAACAAAGACGAAGGAUAAUGUUUUUGUCAAUGUUGUUGCAUCCAUACAAUACCGUGCGCUUGCUGGUAAAGCGAAUGAUGCAUUCUACAAGCUUAGCAACACAAGGACUCAAAUCCAGGCUUAUGUGUUUGAUGUAAUCAGAGCUAGUGUUCCAAAACUCAACCUGGACGACGUUUUCGAGCAGAAGAACGAAAUCGCGAGAGCUGUGGAAGACGAACUUGAGAAGGCCAUGUCUGCUUAUGGCUAUGAAAUAGUGCAGACUCUAAUUGUCGAUAUUGAACCAGAUGAGCAUGUCAAGAGAGCCAUGAAUGAAAUCAAUGCUGCCGCUAGACUAAGGUCGGCUGCAAACGAGAAGGCGGAGGCUGAGAAAAUCAUCCAGAUCAAGCGAGCUGAGGGCGAGGCUGAGGCAAAGUAUCUGUCAGGUCUCGGAAUAGCUCGGCAGCGUCAGGCGAUCGUCGACGGAUUGAGAGACAGCGUGUUGGGAUUUUCCGUCAACGUGCCCGGAACAACGGCAAAGGAUGUGAUGGACAUGGUCCUCGUCACGCAAUAUUUCGACACCAUGAAGGAGAUUGGAGCCGCCUCCAAGAGCUCGGCGGUGUUCAUCCCUCAUGGACCUGGAGCUGUUCGAGACGUCGCCGAUCAGAUCCGAGACGGGCUGCUCCAAGCGAAUCGGGUCUAGUAAGUUUGCUUGGUUUCUAAAAGGCAUGAAAAAACUACCACCAUGAAUUUUAAGAUGCUUUUUUUUGUUUCAGUUCUGUGAUUAUUAUAGUGGGAGUUUUGUGUGAAAUUGUGGAGCAGGAUCUGCUUUUAACUGUGAAUUUGAAUGAUUUGUGUAUUUUCUUUAUCGAAGUUUGGCUGUUACAGUUGA